UGGCGAGAUAAUUUCAUCACUAAUGGUGAACUGGGUAUCGAAUUGGGAAAUUCGGUGAAAUUAAUUUUACCAGCAACUUCAACAGUGGGUGCGUUAAAAAUUUCAACAGCGGGUGGGUUGGAGAUUUUAACAACGGUUACUGAAACUUUUUUUUUAGUUUUGAAAGAGACGAAUAGUUCCAGGACUAGUCAUCAGGAUACUGUUGGAAGUGAAAUACGGGCAAGUAGACUUGACUUGGAUCUUUGGUUUUGCCAAAAUGUGAAAUUGGCAUCAGAAGUGGCACUUGGAUCUUUGUCACUAACUUGUCUUUUUAGGUUUUGCCGAAAUGUGAUAUUGGCACUAGAAGUAGCACUCGAUUUAGGUCUUGGAACCUGCACUAGGAGCAGCACUUGUUUUGAUUAG